ACUUCCGGCGCUUCUUUCUUUUCGACACGCGAUUCACUGAAGAAACGUGGAUCAUUUGAGAGUUUUCCCGAAAAGCGAGAAUUUGUUUUUUCGGCAGGCAACGUUAAAGUCUCGGGAACAUGGUUAACCAGAGAAUCCCAUCGGUCUUCUCCAAGACCUACGUGACCCCUCGUCGUCCGUACGAGAAGGCCCGUCUCGACCAGGAGUUGAGAAUCAUCGGGGACUACGGUCUCCGCAAUAAGCGUGAGGUGUGGCGAGUAAAGUACACUCUUGCCAAGAUCCGGAAAGCUGCACGUGAGCUGCUGACGCUGGAAGAACGCGACGAUAAGAGGCUGUUCCAAGGAAACGCCCUCUUGAGACGUCUGGUGAGGAUUGGAGUGCUCGAUGAGUCCCGCAUGAAGCUCGAUUAUGUUCUUGGUCUGAAGAUUGAGGAUUUCUUGGAGCGUCGUCUGCAGACUCAAGUAUUCAAGUUGGGAUUGGCCAAAUCCUACCAUCAUGCCCGUGUCCUCAUCCGCCAGAGACACAUUCGCGUCCGGAAGCAGGUGGUGAACAUUCCGUCGUUCAUCGUGCGCCUGGAUUCGCAGAAGCACAUUGACUUCUCGGUGAAGUCACCCUUCGGUGGUGGCCCACCUGGCCGUGUUAAGAAGAAGAACCUGAAGAAGGAUCAGGGUGGAGCAGCUGCUGAAGAAGAGGAGGAAGAUUAAGCCAGCGGCUCUUAAGCAUUGUCUUGUCAGUGCUCAAUAAAGGUCUUGUUGGACAGUAAAACC